ACCAUCCCCUGCUUAAAACUCUUACUCUCAGUUUUACAAACUCACAAGAACUUGACAUAGUCUUUCAGAACAAGGAGAGGGAGGAACAAAAAACAAUGGUUGUACUACCAGUUUUGUUCCUGUUGGGGUCGCUGUUUCUCUGUGGUCAUGUGGAGGCCCAGUCCACCGCCACUGAGAUACUGAAACAGGCUGCACUCCAAUGGAGGGGACCUCUGACCUGUGACAAGUGGGACUGCAAUUGUACUUUCUAUCGCCAGCGUAGCUGCUGCUGUGCGGCCAAUGAUAUGUACCAAAUAGAAGAGGAUACCUUUGUGAGGAUUAAAACUUUGUGGCACGGUAUCAGCACACUGAAUAGCAGAAUACAGACGCUCACAGCUGGCGUUAAGGUUGCCUUCAAAGCCACCAUGGACCCAAAUAUCGCCAUUGUAAUUCCUGGAUCUACUGAACGUUGCUUUGGUCCUUUCAAUACUAAUGUGCCAAUCCCCUACUCCUCCAUCACUCUUAACCAUGGCAAUGGAUAUAACCCUUCCUUGGGUGUCUUCACUGCCACUAGUCCUGGUGUUUAUGUCUUUUCCUUCUCAGUCUACUCAUUUGUGGGAAAGGAUGAGCGCCUCUACCAUAAAGUCCAGCUGAUGAAAAAUGGGAAGACGACGCUCAGCGUGUGGGAGGACAAUCGAGAAGAUGGUGAAGACAGUGCCAGUCAGGUUGUGGUGCUGGAGAUGCAGAGAGGCGAUCAGGUCUACUUGGAGCUGAUGUCUGGGAGGAAGCUCUGUCAAUACCUGCAGUACAAUAUCUUCACUGGUUACAUACUGUACCCCUACAUCGAUGAGUAAUACACCAGAUGCUCAAACUUUCUGACUCCAGGGCCUUAAGUGAAUCCACUUAUCCUCGCGCAACUGAAAUCCUGAUUCAUGAAAACAAACUAGUGUUCUUUGUCACAUAUUGACCCACCGGAAGUAGGUUUGUGACCUAUUGUGGGACAAGCACCAUAGUUUAAGAAUCCCUACAGUAGAAAUAAACAAGAAAAGUUGUAUACCCAUAGACUGGUGCGUGUGUACACAUGCAUUUAUGAUCAAACACAAAGAAGGGCACACUUCAUAUGUAUACUUUCAUGCAUAUUUUUGCACAGCAUGAAAACAGAAAGUCACAUGUCAGGAAAUAUUUGCAUCAUUAAGAAAAUAUGAACAUGCAUGUGAAUAAACUACCACAACUACAAUGACUGUGUACAGAGGAAGUGUGAUUUUUAUUUUUAUUUGGCAUUAAAAAGUUUAUUUGA